AGACUUCAUUGCUACUUGCUAGUUCCUCCCUGCAGGUAUGAGCGAUCACUCUCGUUCUAGGUAAGUGCGCCGUCGCCUUAUCCUAUGACACAUCUGACGCAAGCAUCGGUUGUCAGUGAUCGAUUCCCUACCAACCCUUUCCCUUUCGAAGUCGACUUCUCGCGUUUGAGUCCACGUACCUACCACAUACAUGGCCUACCCGUGACACAGCAGGCCCUCACCGGGCCGUAUCAAAUGUGUCCAGCUACCGGUAUUCUUCCGGAACCGAAAUACGAUAUCUCUGUUGGCAAUGGGUCGAACCUCCCACAAUACCAUGGCCAGCCGGCAGAUUACAUAUCAUGGGUGCCACAUUCGCCGGCGCCGCUAGCAGCGAUGGAUAUGACACCCAUACUCAACAUAGGUAGUGAUUCUUGCCGCGACGAUCGUCCGCAACAUGCCAGCCUAGAGGUUCCACACUCCUCACAGCUCAACAGCACUACCCCGGGCCCUGUCGAAAGCGGAUCCACCGUGAACAGGAACUCGAUGAUUUCGUUCCGUAGUACCAACGGUGGUAAAGCUUCCCGAGGACCCAUUAGCCAGUCGGGACCUUCAGGCGCGGCUCUCAGUGCCGCCGAUAUGAUGCAGCUGCCUCCCGUGCCCGGAACGUUGACCGGCCCAGAACAAGCGGAAACGAGACGCUUUCACUGUCGAUGGAACGGCUGCGGGGCGCGGAUCGAGCGCACGAGGGCUGCCUUGGCUCUCCAUCUCAGGGAGGUGCAUCCCUCCGGCGUCAGCAACGAGGAUGCCCGGGUACGCUGCCUGUGGAACGGAUGUACGCGGGAAUGCAUGCUCAUAUGCAACCUACGCCGCCACGUCUUCGAGGUGCACGCCCGCGGCGUCGCAAGGAAGAUCAAGUGCGAGAGGUGUGGGCAGGAGUUCACUCGGCGGGGAUCGUUGCGGAGGCACCGGCUGGCUUCAUGUGGACAUGAUGACCUGGGGAUUUGAAGGACGGUGGCCUGUGGAACGGCCCGCGGUAAUCAUUAUAACACCUGUUGACCUCAAGCAUCGUUCUCCUUGCUCUGGCUGUUUGGAAUCUUUAGAACGGCUGCGCGCUCAGCCCGGCGGCCGAUAUGAAGUGUGUCUGGCUGGCCGCGGAAGGCGGUUGGAAUACACCAAGGACACUGCGACGUCGGAAGGCUCCGAGACGUAGUUACCCCUGUCCCCUGCGAGCGUCAACCGGAGCCAUGCGACUCAGAACGCCCACUGCAUGUCUCUGCUUUGGGUAGUACUUCUCUUACUGUCCCAUCCAAUGAGAAUACGUACUGAAG